GUGAUAUGGAGCGUUAUCAAUAACGGAUUCUGUUCAUUUAAAGCAAAGACAAAGGCGCAGAGUUUCUGUCGUAAUGAAUAUAAUGUAACUGGAUUAUGUAAUAGACAAUCAUGCCCAUUAGCGAACAGCCGAUACGCCACUGUCAAGGAGUUAAACGGCAAUUGCUUUUUAUAUAUAAAAACUAUUGAGCGAGCUCAUUCACCAGCUAAACUGUGGGAAAAAAUAAAGCUACCAAAAAACUAUGAGAAAGCUCUAAAUGUGAUUGAUAAAAAUUUGAUGUAUUGGCCAAAUUUUUCGAUUCAUAAGUGCAAGCAACGGUUUACAAAAAUUACCCAGUAUCUUAUCAAAAUGAGAAAACUGAAGUUAAAAACAAACCAGAAAGUGUUAGUGGGCAUCAGUAAGAAGGCUGAAAACGUGAACAAAAAGCGAGAGGAGAAAGCCUUGAUUGCUGCACGAAUUGAGAAUGCGGUUGAAAAUGAAUUACUAGAAAGGUUACAAAAAGGAACAUAUGCAGAAAUAUAUAACUUUCCUGAGAAAGCUUUCGAAAGUGCUCUUAAUAGUGAGGAGAUGGACAUAAGGGAAGAGGAUAAGGUUAUUUUUAUCCUUGAAAGAUAUAUUUAUGAUUUAUAUUUUCUUUAUAAAAGCUAUCUUAGACUCGUUUUUUUUGCUUAUGUUUUGUUCUUUAUCCCUUUAUCAGCUAAAAGAAAUAGAAAGUGA